AGAGAGAGAGAGAGAGACGGUCCCCGGUUUGAAAGCCGGUAAUUAGUGACGUGCCUUCCCAAGGAGGAGAGCAGUCGCUGCUGGGAGAGCAGCCCGGUGGCGGAUGAACAGGGGCUCCGUCAAUCCACCGGGGCGAUGAGGGGAGGAGAGGACGGACGACAGAGAGCUUUCUGCCGCAGAGGAAACCCAGAUUAGGCUGAUCUGACAAACAGCUCUCUACCGGCAUCCCCGGUGCGUGCACACCGCGUCACCUAUCCUGCGACUCACACCUAACCCGCCGAACCCACCCACCUCGACCACCCAUCAGGUUGUGUGGUGACUCGGUGGUGUAAGGGUGGAGCUGGACGCGCGGACAGCCGGCAGGAUAACAUCUUGGUCUGAAUAGAUGAUCUCCGUCAUCACCGGGUCGGUCCCCCCGUUCCCCUGUUUAGAGCAGAGAAGUGCUGCCUCAUUUAGCAGCUUUUCUGUCCUUUGCGCUAUUCCAGCGGAUGAGCGAACCCCGGGGAAAGCGGCGCACCUGUGACCGGAGGGGGGUUGGAUUCUCCCCGGCUGGUGACCUCCUGCUCCGGGGGACAAAUCCUCCAACCACCUGGCGUCACCUCUCCUCCACCAGACUGAGAGCGACGGAGCCCACCGAUGCGUCCGGCAGCCCCUGAUGCUCGGCAGUGCUCCGGGGCUUUCCGGUCGGUGGGAGAGGCUCGAGCCGCGGCCGCGCGCUAGGAUGCUGCGCCAGGUGUUGCACGCGGGCCUGAGGACCUCCUUCCACGCGCUGGGCCGGUUCGUGGCGAGCCACCCGGUGUUCUUCGCCUCGGCGCCCGUGCUCCUCUCCAUCCUGCUGGGGGCCAGCUUCAGCCGGUACCGCGUGGAGGAGGACGUGGAGAGCCUGCUCGCGCCCAAGCACAGCCUGGCCAAGAUAGAGGGCAACCUGGUGGACAGCCUGUUCCCCGUGAACCGCUCCAAGCACGCGCUCUACUCCGACCUGCAAACCCCGGGCCGCUACGGGCGCGUGAUCGUCACCACCCGAAAGGGGAGCGUGCUGGACCCGGUUCAUCUGGACACCAUACUGAAGCUCCACAGGCGGAUCUACCAGAUGCAGGUGACCGUCCCGGCAACAGGCUUCAACAGCUUCAACUACUCCUUCUCCUACCUCUGUCUCCCCGACGACAAGAACAUCUGCAUCAUCGAUGACAUCAUCCGUGCCAUGGAGGAGAUCCAGUCAGCUCGCACCUCUAACCGCUCGGCCCCGAUCCUGCGGUAUCCCAUCACCCAGCUGGCGGACGGACGGCAGGCGUACAUUGGCCACCAGCUUGGUGGCGUGCAGGGCUGGGGUCCCAGCGGAGCUGUGCGUGGUCCGGGGACAGGAGCCAGGGGAGAAGGUGUACGUUCAGCCAGGGCACUGCAGCUCACCUACUACCUCCAAGCCCGCGGCGGCCUGAUGGACCGGGUGGCCAGCCAAUGGGAAAAGGCCUUCUGUGCUGAGCUACAGCACUUUGCGGCCUUGCACCCAAAGUUGGGGCUAUACCAUUCCACUUCCUCUUCUCUGAGGACGGACUUCCAGUUCUCUUCGAUUCUGGCACGCCGCCCCCUGUUGGCCAGCUUGGGGGUGUGCAGUGUGCUGGCUGUCCUCUGCUGCUCUAUGAGGGACUGUGUGAGGUCUAAACCCUGGUUGGGACUGCUGGCUCUGCUGUCCAUCACACUGUCAGGCCUCACUGCUGCUGGAAUACUCAACCUGACCGGGGCCACCUACAACUCUACGUACCUGGGUAUCCCUUUCGUCAUGCUUGGUCACGGGCUCUUCGGUUCCUUCGAGAUGCUGUCAUCAUGGCGGCGAACCCGGGAGGACCAGCAUGUGAAGGAGCGUGUGGCGAGCGUCUUCGAGGACGUCAUGCUGCGUUUCUCCGGCUCCACCAUGCUCCACCUGAUGACCCUGGGCCUGGCCGCCUCGCCGCUGACCAACAUGGAGGCCGUCCGGCUCUUCUGCCGCACUGCCGCCUUGGCUGUGACCAUCAGCUAUGUUUACAUGCUGUCCUUCUACAGUUCCUGCCUGGUGUUCACUGGAUACCUAGAGACCGGGUACAGACAUGGCUGCUUCUGCCGGAGAGUCCCCAAACCGGACCGGCUGGACUCUAAACCGGCAUGGUACAGGUGUUUAAUGUACACUCGCUACCAGGAUGAGACUCAAACAACCAACGCACCGCACGGGGUCGGCGUCGGGGUCAGUCACCCUCACACGCCAAACCCCAGCUUAACUCACACACAUGCACACACGCAUCCGCAUACGGCAAACAACCCUGCCGCGCAUGGGCACGUCCACGUGGCUAACUCCACACACACACAUCCACACCCACUCACACAUCCCACAGCUAACACGGACCCUCAUCCUCAGGACUCACACCUUUUGCUGGGCUGUGUGAGGCGUUGCUAUGGAGACUGGAUCACUAACACCUAUGUCAAACCCUUUGUGGUUCUGCUGUAUCUGGUUUACAUCUCCUUUGGAUUGAUGGGCUUCCUACAGGUAACCCAGGGCUCAGACCCCAGUGCACUGGUUGCCAUGGAUACAGCGACAGUAUUGUACACCCGUGCCCAGCAGCGUUACUUCAGCUCGUACUCGCCUGUCAUUGGAUUUUACAUCUAUGAGAGUGCCCCCUACUGGAAUGUCUCUGUGCAGCGGGACCUGCUGGAAUACGCCAAGGGCUUCCAGCGAAUCAGCUGGCUGGAAGCUUACCUGAACUACCUGUCAGAUCGCAACCAGUCCACCAGCCAACCGCGGGAAAACUUCACCCGGACGCUCCGCCACGCCUUCCUCCGUGAGCCGCAGUUCGCCCAUUUUGCAGACGACAUCAUAUUUGCGGAACGAGGUCAGGGCGAGGAGCCCGAUGUGGCUGCAUCCCGAAUCUUCCUGGUGGCCAAGACGACGGAGAACAAACGCGAGGAGAUGUCAGUGCUGCUGGACACGCUGCGACGCCUGUCACUGACCUCACGUGUCCGCUUCCUAAUCUUCAACCCCUCCUUCGUCUACCUGGACCGCUACGCUGCAGCGGUCAGCUCCCCCCUCAGACACUCACUGCUGGCGGUGCUCUUCCUGUUGGGUUUGUCCUCGCUGGCCGUCGUUGAGCCGCUGGUCUCUGUAUGGCUAGGCCUCACCCUGCUCUCCGUCCAGUUCGGGGUGCUGGGCUUCAUGACCUUGUGGGGUGUGGAGCUGGACUGCAUGUCUGUGUUGUGUCUGAUCUCAGCCUUGGGGCACUCAGCAGACUGCAGCGGCCCCCUCCUCUGUGGUUUCGCCUCGGGUCGGGGUGACAGCAGGACUCGCUGGGUGAGAGUGGCGCUGGAGAGACAUGGGGUUCCCUCUCUACAGACGCUCAUCUGCUACAGCGCCGCUCUGGUGCCUGUUGGCUCUGUACGCUCCAACCUCACACGCACACUGUUUCGUUGCCUCACCCUCACGGCCGGCUGCUCGGCCCUGCACACGCUUGCGUUCCUGCCCACCCUCCUCACCUUCCUGCCUCCCUCCAAGAGCCGGGGACACCGGCCCGAAGGAGAGGGCCAGAGACAGGAAGUGGAGUGUGUUGAAAUGAACGACAGCACUCGAGUGGUCGACCAGAUCACUACUGUCUGAGCAUGGGAUGAUGUUGUGUGUUUUUUUUUUUUUUUUUUUUGGCCCCCCUGGUUGCCAUGGUGACUGCCGGCUGGGAAUUGGUUCAUUGUAGUCUGAGCAGCCGCUAUGCAUGCUGCAGACAAGAAUGCUGAUCCUUGUGAAGAAGGGAAGAAACGGAUAGUGUCACUGACAUAAAGAUAGGACGAAAAAAACAGAGGUUGAUGGUUCAAGAGGAAACAAGUGAAGGAGAGUGGGAGGCGAGGGAAGACAAGAAGAGAGAAAGAUGGGUUUCAAUGCAGCGUAUCCAUGGUUACCUGCUUGUUGCUAGUGCUGUGUGGCAUGUGAAUGAGCUAUUUCCCAAACAGCCAAUUGGAAGUUGAGGAUCAGCCGUUACCACAGAGGAAGUGCCACAUUUUUCACGUCUACAAAAAACUUGCUUUAGAUCUGAUCACGUUGUUUGGCUACUGCUAUCUGUUCGCCAUACCAAGUUGCACAAAUACAGCUAAAAUGACAUGAGGCAAUCAUCUGUAUGACUUGAGUAUUUCUACUUUAAUGCUGGACAAAUAAAGUCAAAUAAAAAAAAAAA